CAUGCCGCUCUUUUGAGAAAUGAGGUUUCGUUAUAGGGUAUAUUACAAAUUAGCUUGGAAUGAUAGCUUAAUGUAAUGGACCCCUGACUCACGCUAUUAUGCUAUCAUGGGUAAAUUAGAAUCCGAUCUACGACCAUAUCCACAGUAACCUACCACCCAUAAUUUAACUAGUGUAGAAACCGAACAGAAAACCCAAUAUAAUUCUUCAACAUGGCGGCACAAACGAACCUCAAGUUUCAGGGCUGGUUGGGCAAAUCACCAGACUCGGUUAACGGCAAAAUGGAGUGGGGUGAAUACGAGCCGAAGAAAUGGAGUGAAGACGACGUUGAUAUCGAAAUAUCGCAUUGCGGUAUCUGUGGCUCCGACCUCCACACACUAAAGUCUGGCUGGUUCCCGACACCUUAUCCUUGUGUCGUGGGUCACGAAAUUGUCGGCAAAGCAGUACGCGUAGGACAGAACGUCAAGCACGUUAAAGUUGGCGACCGUGUCGGCGUAGGCGCACAGGCUCGAUCGUGCCAUCAAAGCACCUGUGCCGAUUGCUCCAGCGGCAACGAGUCGUACUGUGCCAAUGGGUUGAUCAACACCUACAGCUCAGUCUACCCCGACGACGAAGGGAAGAGUUAUGGUGGUUAUGCCGACUAUAACCGAACCAAUGGCAAUUGGGUGUUCCAAAUACCAGAGGGGCUCGAUUCAGCAAUCGCUGCGCCAAUGUUGUGUGGUGGCAUCACUGUUUUCUCUCCCUUGAGGCAGAACGGCUGCGGACCAGGAAAGACCGUGGGAAUUGUUGGUGUUGGAGGGUUGGGUCAUUUCGGUGUCCUUUUCGCAAAGGCCCUGGGUGCUGACAGGGUCGUUGGUAUCUCGAGGAAGAAUGACAAGAAGGAUGAUGUGCUGAAGCUUGGCGCUGAUCAGUAUAUCGCCACGGACGACGAGAAGGACUGGUCUGCCAAAUACGCUCGUACCUUGGACUUAAUCGUCUCCACUGUGUCGAGCGAAAAGAUGCCAUUGAAUGGAUAUCUUUCGCUUUUGAAAACGCGAGGUUCAUACAUCCAGGUCGGAGCUCCUGAUGGAGGUAAUCUGCCUCCAAUCAAUGCAUUCACAUUGAUUGCAAGUGGCAUCAAGGUUGGCGGUAGUGCCACCGGUGCUCCUUGGGAGAUACGGGAGAUGUUGCAACUUGCAGCGGACAAGAAUAUCAAGUCUUGGAUCCAAGAACGGCCAUUAAAGGAAGCUAACCAAGCUAUUAUCGAUAUGGAUAAGGGAAAAGCACGGUACAGAUAUGUGCUUGUCAAUGAGAACUUUGGGAAGCAUUGAAGUGCAUGUGUACUGGCGGCAACUGACAGAUAGGUAACAUACCUAGGUAAUAGGUAUGGGUAUGCAUCUAGGUUAGGUAUACUAGGUAGGAGGAUAAUUAGAACUAGAAUAGAUUUUGUUCUCAAGAAGCCACCAAGCUUGCGACGUCUAGGGCUACGCGCAGAAGCAGUAUUACCUAAAUCAUGUGAUCCAUGCCCUGACAGCCACGGCUUUUGUUUGAUU